ACUAGUAGCUGCGUGAAUUUAAUUUAAUUCAUUUGCGUCUUCUUGUUCUAGGUAUUAAAUUAUCCCAAUUGUUGAGAAUUUUGACCUAACACAGCAUCGAUGGAUUCUCAAGUGAUGGUUGCACUUGCUCUUUCACUUGUUGGUGGUCUCAGCACUUCCAUCGGUGCGCUUUUUGUUAUUAUCAAUCCAGCUCCCAAUUUGAAGAUGCUUGGGCUAUUACAGGGUUUUGCUGCUGGUUUGAUGCUGAGCAUAUCAUUCUUUGAUCUGGCUCAUAAUGCUAUAAACUCACUGGGAUUUUUGAAAGGCAACCUUUGGUUUUUUGCUGGUGUUAUAUUCUUUGCCUUUGUAGCCAAUUUUAUCCCGGAGCCAACACUUACUCCCACAUCAGAAGUAAAGACUAGAAAGAAAAAAGGGGAUGAAGGAGGCAAGGAUAAUUUGAAAAAGCACCGGCAGCAAGUUUUAUUCAGUGGGAUUAUUACAGCUGUAGGCAUAAGUUUACACAAUUUUCCCGAAGGAAUGGCUGUAUUCCUUGGAUCCAUGAAGGGCCUCCGUGUUGGCAUCAACUUAGCAUUGGCCAUUGCUCUGCAUAAUAUCCCAGAGGGUGUUGCUGUUGCACUUCCUGUUUAUUUUGCGACACAAAGUAAAUGGCAGGCAUUCAAAUUGGCAACACUUUCAGGCUUUGCUGAACCCUUGGGUGUUAUAAUCGUAGCCUAUUUAUUCCCUAGCAGCUUAAAUCCUGAGAUUCUGGAAGGCCUACUUGGAUCAGUUGGCGGAGUUAUGGCUUUUCUGACCCUUCAUGAAAUGCUGCCAUUGGCUUUUGAUUAUGCCGGUCAGAAGCAAUCUGUCAAGGCUGUAUUUUUUGGGAUGGCUUUCAUGUCUGCGAGCCUGUAUUUUCUAAAUAUCAGCUUACCAGAGGAGAUAAGCUUGUAGAUGAGAACAAACUCUUCUCUUUUCGUAAUUCAUGAGCUCCACAGUAUCAUCCUGGUGCGUGUCUUCAGAUUCUAUCGCCGAUUGCAGCAAAAUUACUUCAGUAGGAGUCUCACAAUUUGUCCGAUGACAAUAACAUACAGCCAUCUGAUGAGGUUAGCAUUAGAUAUAUCAAAAUUGAGGGAUACAAUCCACUUAUGAUUGUGGUUUCCCCUAAGAAUGUAAAGAAAAUUAGAGAAUAAGAUUGCUGUGUAAAAUUUUUUAGGCGACCAUCAAUCAUGUAUCAUGAAAUCAAGGUCAGACUUUAAAUUGCAAAGUUGACUGAUAAUGUGUUAUGUUCAUUUAUUUCUGCCUAGAUGUAUAAGAAACAAUUAUAAACAGCUACUGGUGAAAAGGUUCCUCUUAAGCCAGCGUGCCUCAAGCAUUCUUCCUAUGCUACCGGUAUUAAAUUGGGAGUCGCUGAAUUUGUCCGA